GCAAUGCAUCCAGUAGUGAGGAGCUAAUUUGGCUAGCAAGUUAGAUCUAGCUUCAGUCGCACGGUCCCGACCCUGCUUGAGCAUCGCUCUGCGCAGUAGUAUGAAUGCAGUGCCGCCUAGAGACUGAAUUGUAUCCUAUGGGAUCCACUUAUGCAGAAUUAGACGUUGUCCAUGAUAUAGCAGUUGGUACAAAGAGAGGAUCUGACGAGCUUUUCUCCUGCGUGACAAACGGGCCCUAUAUCAUGACCAGUCCAGCAGGUUUGUAUGCGAACGGCAACGACAGCAAGAAGUUCAAAGGUGACAUUCGGAGUCCAGGCGUUCCGUCUCGGGUCAUCCAUGUGCGUAAGCUUCCCAGUGACAUCAACGAGGCUGAAGUCAUCUCUCUAGGCCUGCCCUUUGGCAAGGUCACCAAUCUGCUCAUGCUGAAAGCCAAGAACCAGGCCUUCAUUGAGAUGAACUCCGAGGAGGCAGCUCAGACCAUGGUCACCUACUACUCGUCAGUGACCGCCCUCAUCAGGAACCACCCAGUGUUCAUGCAGUACUCCAACCACAAAGAGCUCAAAACAGACAACUCGCCCAACCAAGUGAGAGCCCAGGCGGCGCUGCAGGCGGUGAACGCGGUCCAGGGGGGCGGGAUGCCUAUGGCCGCUGUGGACGGCACCGCUGUCAUGGGCGGCAUGGGCGGCAUGGGUGGCAUGGGCGGCCCCAGUCCUGUGCUCCGGGUCAUCGUGGAGAACCUCUUCUACCCUGUCACUCUUGACGUGCUGCAUCAGAUCUUCUCUAAGUUUGGCACAGUGCUGAAGGUCAUCACGUUCACCAAGAACAACCAGUUCCAGGCUCUCCUGCAGUAUCCUGACGCCUUGACUGCUCAGCACUCCAAACUGGCUUUGGAUGGGCAGAACAUCUACAAUGCCUGCUGCACCCUGAGGAUCAGCUACUCCAAGCUGACCAGCCUGAACGUCAAGUACAACAAUGACAAGAGUCGGGACUACACGCGCCCCGACCUGCCCACCGGGGACAGCCAGCCGCCCCUGGAGCACCAGGCCGCCAUGGCCGCCUUCGCAGGCCCAGGAAUCAUCUCUGGUCCGUUCCCUGGAGCCCACGGCUUCCCCCCCGCCUUCGCCAUCCAGCAAGGGUUGGCAAUGCCGGGUAUGCCUGGAGCCCUGGCCCAGCUGGCCAUGCCUGGCGUUGGCCAGAGAAUGGCGUUCCCCCAGAUGUCCGGCGGGCACUGUGUGCUGCUGGUCAGCAACCUCAACCCUGAGAGAGUUACGCCCCAAUGCCUCUUUAUUCUUUUCGGUGUAUAUGGGGAUGUGAUGAGGGUGAAGAUCCUGUUCAAUAAGAAAGAGAACGCCCUGAUCCAGAUGGCUGACGGAACACAGGCACAGCUAGCGAUGAGCCACCUGAAUGGCCAGAAGCUGCAGGGCAGAGCGAUGAGAGUGACCCUGUCCAAACACACAGCCGUGCAGUUGCCCCGAGAAGGCCACGAGGACCAGGGCCUCACCAAGGACUACGGCAGCUCGCCGCUGCACCGCUUCAAGAAGCCCGGAUCCAAGAACUACUCCAACAUCUUCCCACCCUCCUCCACACUCCACCUCUCCAACAUCCCGCCAUCAGUGGUUGAGGAGGACCUGAAGAUGCUCUUCUCCAGCACCGGUUCCAUGGUCAAGGGCUUCAAGUUCUUCCAGAAAGACCACAAGAUGGCGCUGAUCCAGAUGGGCGCAGUGGAGGAGGCCAUCCAGUGCCUGAUCGAGUUCCACAACCACGACCUCGGCGAGAACCACCACCUCCGAGUGUCCUUCUCCAAAUCCACCAUCUGAGAGCGCCUGGCAGAGGCCAGUAAAACAGGACUGUCACUUUAGACCUCAACUGUGUCGGGUGGUGGAGGACACUGCUAUCCCAUGAGGCCUUGACCGCAAAGCUCACUUCUGUCAUUCCUUUUAGCAUAUUUUCGCAUAUUUAUGAUGUGAACAUCAUUUAUGUAUGAUGGAUAUCUAUGAUGAGUUCCAUAUAAUCUUGCCUUACAGUCAAAUGGAGGAGGAGGAGGGGGGGGGAAGGCACAUUGGAUUUUACUUAAGUUUUUAUUUUUAUUUUAUUAUUUCUUUGUAAUUUUUAAGUUUAUUUUAGUUGACCAGCUAGCAUCUCAGUUAGAGACUCUUCUCCUGCAUGAUGUAAGUCUUUCAUUCCCAGCCUCCUCUGCAUUCCAGUGUCACGGGUCCAGCACCACGAGCCUCUGACUGCCUCCGGUUGUGCUUCAUGUAGCAUGGAGCUCUCAGCCUGGGCAGGCUUCUGCUUGUGCCUUAGUGUAGGUGUCGGACUCCCAGCAUUCCCCAGUGGCACGUCACAAACCGUCGCAUUUCUGUUCUGGCCUUUUCCACAUUUUUAAGCUGAAGUUUACGACCUGUAGUCAAUGUACUUCUAAGGUUACACGUUAUCUCUGAGCGUUACAGGGCAUUUUUCUUAGGCAAGACAAGUCAAUCUUGUUUCCAAACGAGACUCCGCUGAGGCGCGGCCUCUCCUCAAAGACCCAUGAAAUAAUUUUGAGUGCUUGUUGCGUGCCCUUUUUAGGGCAGGUUGGGUUUAUGUUAUGUUAGUCAAUCAUUUAUACUGUGUCUAGAUAUACAAUGUUUACAUUCCAUUGUCAUUGAUCUUAUGCAAUCAUUUUUUUUUUUAAGAAAGAAAAUUGAUGUUUUUCAAAUAUAUAUGUGUAAGUGCAAAUGUUAGUUAUUAUUCCAACCAGUACUGUUCAUCAUUGCAUAUAGGGCCCAAAUAUAAGUCUGGUGUUUUUUUUUUUGUGUUUUAAAAAAGGAACACUUGGUCAAACUUUCUUGACAAUAUAAUGUUUCCUCAGUGUGCGGUGUAAGAUUUGUGUUUUGCUAUUUUAUUGCAAAGCCCAUGUGUUUGUUACGUAUAUGCAUGUACACUAUGGCUCCAAACCAAAGUUCCUCAACCCUUUUCCAACAAACUAGUUCUAUGCUGAGAUGGAUGCUCUUGCCUGCCUUUCAUUCCUGUACACACACACAUACAAACGCGCACACAACACACAUAAACACAUAAACACACGAUCUUUUAUCAAAGGAACAGAUGCUGGAAUAUUUUUUUCUUGUCCCCAUGGUUACUACCUGGCUCUUGGGUGGAAUCAGUCUUGUUCUUGCGUGUGACCAGGUAGAAUCCAGUCAAGUCUUUGCUACUAUGUGGCUUGUGGGCAGAAGCAGCUGGUACAGAUUGUGCCUUUCAGAAAAAGAAAAAAAAAUCACAAAGGUCUUGAUCUCUCUGUGCAGGUGCCUUUCAACACAAUGUGUCUUAGUUUUUCAAAACCUUUUUUAUGCAUAUACUGGACUGUCAAGGGGCAUCUUUGGGGUGCCGAGAUGUAAAGGCUUUGAUGUGGCCAGUCGGAAAGCAGUAGAUCUCAAGAAGCUACAGGAGGGCCAGAGUAUGAUGGUGUGUUCUUUUUUUUGUAUUAUUGUGUUCGCUGUCCUACACUUUGAAAUGGGUUUGAAGUAGAUUGUUUGUGUUUGACACAUUAGGCCACUAGUGUGUGAGGGACCAACCUUUUACAAGGCUUUUGGGCACCGACGUGCUCUUCGACCAAGGUUUAUUUUACAAACAAUAUAUCACUCUCAAGACUUGUCCUUGUGUGAAGAGUCUGAAACUGAAAAGACAUGUCUUUGUUUUUUUAAGUUUGAGUUUGUAUAUGCAUUUAACCUUUACAACAACAGCAAGUGAAAUGCAUAGCAUUUUAUUCACUAUAAUCUCAAUUUAAAUGGGUGUCUUAAAAUCAUUUAGUGCAUUUGACACGGACUGGUUGUGUAUACUAUUUUUGUACCACAAGACAUUAAAGCAGCUUUGGGUUUUAUAUCAGAAAAAGUCUCUUGCUUGUAGAUUUUCAGUCGCGAAAAGAUUUGUAUCGGAAGAAAAGUUUGUGAAGCAAAGCAAAGAUGAUCCAUCCUUCCUGGACUCUAAGUGUAUUUUUGUAGAUAUUGCUGCAAUAAAACUGUUUAAUCACCGAAAA